AGACGCCGUUGCCGUGGCAGCGGUCGGGGAGCCGGGACAGGUUUUGCCGGGGAUCCCAGGAGCGGCAGGCGCACCUGGGGGCAGUUUCAUGAGCCGACCAGACACAGUGGCUGAGGCUGCGACGCCGGAGACUGGGACUGCAGAGCUGGACACGGGAAGCCAGGCACCUGGCUGAGCCUCUGACCCUCUGACCCUGAGCCCGAAAGCCCACAGGCAAGUCCAAGAGCUGGGGACACUCAGACAUCCAGCUCCACGGACAGGCACCUGUGCAGAGGAGCCACAAGGAUGGCACACCUGCUGGGCAGCCAGGCCUGCAUGGACAGCCUGCGCAGGGACCUUACUGACCUGCAGGGUGCCAUCGUGGACGUGUUCUCGCGUGCCGGGCCCGUGCGCUUCCCCUCCUGGAAGUUCCCUGACCGCAUGGCCUGUGACCUGGACAUGGUGGCCCUGCUAGAGCACUACGACCACGUGCCGGGUGACCCUGAGUUCACACAGCUGUCCCACGCUGUGCUGCUGGAGCUGGUCAUUGACAGGCUCCUGCUGCUGCUUCAGAGCUGCGCGAGCUACUUGGAGAACCUUGGCUUGGAGCAGACGGUGCCCCCCGCCAGGGCUGCCAGGCCCUGCAUGUCUGUGGGGCUCACAGUGCGGCGCUUCUGGAACAGCCUGCUGAGGCUGGGCAUGCUCAUUCGGCAGGUGGCCCCCCAGAAAAGGGCAAACCAAGGGGAGACCCCCACCUCCAAGCCCACAGCCAAGGGCGAGCCAGCCAGGAGCCCUGAAUUUGUGACCGCCAAGCUCAUCAAGCCCACCUCCCCAAUGCCAGGCUUGCCCCAGACCUGCCAAGAGCUGGACAGACUCUCUGUCCGCAUCUCCCUGCCAUGUCCAGCCAGGAUGGCCGAAAACACCAGGAGUGUCCACUCCCAGACCGUGGAGACAGCCCUGGUGCCCUGUGAUGCGUGCACCAGCGUGCAGGGCAGCCUGCGGGAGGUGGGCAAGAUGGUCAUCAGCCUGUGUCAGAGCCAGAACUUGCCCUCGUCCUUAGGCCAGUUCCAGCAUCUGGUGCAGGACAGCAUGGGGCUCAGGCCGCUGCCGGCCACCACCGUGGGCCACUGGGCGGCCGAGCAGAGCAAAGACCUGACACGCCUCAGCAAACACAUGGGGGCCCUCACUCAGCUUGUGGGGCCCCUCAGGGCCCAGCUGGAGGAGGCUAAGGGGCAGAAGGACAGACUGAGGAAGCAAGUAGGCGAGCUGGAGCAGGCCCUGCAGCGGGAGCAGGGGGCACAGCGGCAGCAGGCGGAUGAGGCCAAGCAGCGCCUGGCCCAGUGGGAGCGCGACAGGCAGCAGCUGCUCGCAGAAACAAGUGACCUCAAGACAAAGGUGUCCACCCUGGAGGGGGAGCUGAAGCAGCAGCGGGAGUCCACGCGGGCCGUGGAGACGAAGGCCCAGGAGCUGCAAGAGGAGGCUGAGCACAGGGCGGAGGCUGAGAGGCAGGUGCAGCAGCUGGAAGAGCAGGUGCAGCUGCUGGCAGGGCGGCUGGACGGAGCCAGCCAGCAGAUCCGCUGGGCCAGCGCAGAGCUGGACAAGGAGAAGGCCCGUGUUGACAGCAUGCUCCGCCACCAGGAGUCCCUGCAGGCCAAACAGCGAGCCCUGCUACAGCAGCUGGACACCCUGGACCAGGAGCGUGAGGAGCUGAGGGGCAGUUUGGACGAGGCCGAGGCCCAGCGGGUCCACGUGGAGGAGCAGCUGCAGCACGUGCAGAGCGAGAGGGAGCAGGGGCAGUGCCAGCUGCGGGCCCAGCAGGAGCUGCUGCAGAGCCUGCAGCGAGAGAAGCAAGGCCUGGAGCAGGCAACAGCGGAUCUGCAGCUGACCAUCUCGGAGCUAGAACGCGAGCUCGUGGAGUUGAGGGAGCGGGAGAGGCUGCUGGUGGCCUUUCCGGACCUGCACAGGCCUGUGGAAGCCCAGAUCCAAAGCUCUGGCAAUGUCACGGACGACAUGGAGAAGCAGGUGCAGGCCAACGACAUCCGUAUCCGGGUCCUACAGGAGGAGAACGGGCGGCUGCGAUCCAUGCUGUCUAAGAUCCGGGAGGUGGCCCAGCAGGGGGGCCUCAAGCUGAUCCCACAGGACCAGCUCUGGACCCCUCCCAGCAAGGGAAUCCACGGAGCAGCGCCCCCAGCCCAGGCCCAGAGAGCAUCUCCAGGGCCCCUGGGCAGGCGGCACUCACCUUGCAGCAGGACGGCCAGUGCGGGCAGGACCCUGCCGGGCCAGCCCCAGGCCUCCCCACCUCAGCAGCCCUGCGGUCGACCCAGCAAGUCCUCCCUGGAGGAUGUGACCCACUCGACCAACUGUGCCCAGAACCCCAUCCGGGCCUUGGCCAGGCUGAGAAGGAGACUGUCACCAAGCCGGGGCCAGGCCGGCCCUGCAUACCAGCCCCAGGAGCGGCCCAUGUAGCCUGCAGUGGAGUGGGGCUGGAAGGCGGGAAGCUGGCAACCCACCCCAUGUAAUAAAGCCCAGGCCAUCUGCUCACA